UUUUUUCGGUAACCAAUUGCGUCACUCGCACACUCGUAACUGUUCUCUCUCGCACACUACAUCACAUUAAAACCCCAAAUCAUAUUCUCCAAUAAGACCGCCAUGCCACUGCCGUCUGUGCCGCUGCUUGAACCUGAAUCAUCUAUGGAGCCAGAAUCAUCAACUCCUCCCUCUUCAGUUUGGGGUCAAAUUUUCGAAUUCACAGCUAAGGCUAGAGAUGCAUACAAAAGAAGGCCAAUCCCCUAUUGGAUUCUUCUCAUUCUUGGAAUCGUAGCAAUGCUCGUGGCAUUUCCUGCUUCCAGCAUCCUGUCUCGCGUUUAUUAUGAUAAUGGCGGCCAAAGCAAGUGGAUCAUAUCUUGGGUGUCUGUGGCUGGAUGGCCUCUAACUGCUCUGAUAUUGUUUCCUACAUACUUUCUUCAGAGAAUCUCUCCAACGCCGCUGAGUUUAAAACUCGCUCUAUCUUAUAUUUUUUUGGGUUUUCUAAGUGCUGCUGACAACCUCAUGUAUGCCUACGCCUAUGCAUACCUCCCUGCAUCUACUGCUUCACUGGUGGCAUCAUCUUCCCUUGUGUUUUCUGCGCUCUUCGGUUACCUUCUUGUCAAGAACCAAAUCAAUGCUUCGAUAAUAAAUUCUAUUGUUGUCAUAACUGCUGGAUUGACCAUUAUCGCAUUGGAUUCUAGCUCAGAUAGAUAUCCUGGCAUCAGUGACAGCCAGUACAUCAUGGGAUACGUGUGGGACAUAUUAGGGUCUGCUCUUCAUGGGCUUAUUUUUGCCCUCUCGGAGUUGGUCUUUGUGAAGUUAGUCGGAAGAAGAUCCUUCAUUGUUGUUCUGGAACAACAAGUUAUGGUAUCUCUUUUUGCAUUUGCGUUCACCACUGUAGGGAUUCUUUUGAGCCGUGAUUUUCAAGGAAUGGCAUCUGAAGCUAACAAUUUCAAAGGCGGUCGAGCAGCUUAUUACCUUGUAAUCAUUUGGGGUGCAAUCACAUUUCAGUUGGGGGUCUUAGGAGCCACCGCCGUUGUUUUCUUGGCUUCGACUGUGCUAGCAGGUGUGCUUAAUGCAGUCAGAACUCCGAUAACAAGCAUUGCUGCAGUGAUAUUGCUUCAUGACCCAAUGAGUGGUUUCAAGAUCCUCUCAUUGUUGAUUACCGUAUGGGGAUUUGGCUCAUUUAUUUAUGGCAGUUCUAUGGGUGAAAAAUCAUCUUAAGAAAGCAGGUGUAGAAUGUCGAGUCCAGUAUCCACUUUCUAGUUGAAUAAUGAAUAUACCUCUGUCCGAAGGGCUGCAUUAAAUGUUGUAUGUUUAUUGGAGUAUAGGACUCAGUUACUCAUUGACUAGUAUGUUUUAUAUGUACGCCUCAAUUAUUCGUUUGUAAUAUAGGCUCAUUUUUUUUUUAA